CGUACACACUUCCCACAAUUCGCAAUUCCGAUACAGUUAGAAAGAAAACGACGCAACAAGAUGCAAAUCAUCUGGAGAGACUCCGCAGAUCCAGCUGUCUAUGAAGAGGCGCGCAUCGGACGUGUCUUCAAUCACCGUCGCCCACGAAGGUAUCCAUUGGCAGUAGUCAAAGCUACCCGCGCGGAAGAUGUAGUAAAAGCCAUUAAACUGGCGGCCGAGAAGAAAUGUCGAGUGGCCGUACGCUCUGGUGGCCACUCCUGGGCAGCCUGGAGUGUCCGGGAUGAGUCGAUCCUCAUUGACCUAGGCAAUUAUAAACACCUAGAAGUCGAUCCGGAGAAAAGAAUUGCCCGCGCCUCUCCCAGCAUGACGGGAAGAGAAGUCAACGGAAAAUUGGUUCAAGAAUACGGGCUCAUGUUCCCGGGAGGACAUUGUCCUGAUGUAGGACUUGGGGGGUUUCUCCUACAGGGAGGAAUGGGCUGGAAUUGCCGGGGAUGGGGUUGGGCCUGUGAACGAGUCAAAGGAGUCGAUGUGGUGACUGCAAAUGGCGAGAUACUUCAUUGUAAUCAACACCAAAAUGCAGACCUUUAUUGGGCUGCCAGAGGAGCGGGACCAGGAUUCCCUGCCGUGGUUACUGACUACCAUCUGGACCUCAUGACAUACCCCGAGAAAGGGUUCAGAUCGUCCGCAUAUCUCUACACCCUUGAUCAGUACUACGAGGCAUUUCGCUGGAUCAUAUCAAUAACCCCUGGCUUCGAUCGCGACACGGAAAUUGUUGCUGUUGGCUUAUACCCAGAAGGCCGGGAUGAAAUAUGCCUAUUCAUUCUACUAGUCACGAUGAAAUCUACAGUGGAGGAGGCAGAAAAGGCUCUGGCGCCCGCUCAUCAGUCCCGGCCAGAAGGCGCAAUCGAAGAGUGGUUCUGCCAGGAAGACAGUCUAGAGAACCAGUACGUGAAGCAGGCUAAUGCAAGCCCGGAGAAGCACCGAUACUGCGCAGAGAACGCAUAUAUCGAAAACAAUGCAGAUGUCCCCAAGGUGCUAGAAGAGGCGUUUACCACCCUCCCUCACCGAAAGGCGUUCGCCCUCUGGUAUGCGAUGAACCCCUGUAGCCAAAGGCAAUUGCCGGAUAUGGCCCUUAGCAUGCAAUCCGAUCAUUACUUUGCUCUCUAUACGGUCUGGGAAGAAGAGAACGAUGAUGUACGGUGUCAACAGUGGGUACGCGAUGUGAUGAAGAAGGUCGAACGCAAGUCUGUUGGGGCCUAUCUAGGAGAUUCGGAUUUCCAGGAACGCAAAACUCGGUACUGGGCAGAUAGCAAUGGCCGUCGACUGAUGGACAUUCGCCGUAAAUGGGAUCCCACUGGUAGGAUCUGUGGAUAUCUCGAUCCAGGCGACUUGUCGGGAAUCCAUGGGCUUGACAACGCGCAUGAAUGGAAAUUAUAGAUUGGCAGCGUUAUUGCAGACUACAGAUAUUCGCCAGGGGUUCAAUGAUUUACUAGUAGUUAUAAUAUAAUUUUGGAUCUCAAC